AUGGCCCAAGAGGUUCACCAGGGCGUCCAGGAAUACCUGGGGAGCUCGGAGGUAGAGGAGAUGACGGUUUUGGGGGCUGGCCAGGCAGGGAUGGUCUUCCCGGACCUAAAGGGCCACCCGGGGAACCAGGAAUACAGGGUUUACCUGGAAUUAGAGGCCUGUCCAGUACUAAAGGUGGAAAAGGAGAGCGUGGAGAUCCCGGGGCUCGACGGUUAUGAGGGACCACCCGGUCUAAUAGGAUUACCCGGUCCCAAAGGAAUGGCGGGUGACAUAGGAAUGGCAUUAUUAGCCGAACCAGGAAUUGAAGGAGAAAGAGGACAAAAGGGAAUUCCCGGUCUCCCCGGCCUUCCGGGAUUGAAAGGCUUGAUGGGAGAUAUGGGAACACCGGGAACUCCCGGACAAUUUGGAGAUGCAGGUUAUGAUGGAUUUCCCGGACUCAAUGGACUACCCGGACGUAAUGGCUAUAGAGGAGACAAUGGACUGACAGGAUUGCCUGGUUUCGUUGGAAUGAAAGGAGAGCCGGGGUUUGUGGGGAUCCCGGGUCUGAACGGAAUCAAAGGAGACCCGGGAUUUCAUGGUAUCCCCGGAAUUGUUGGGCCUAAAGGAGAGCGCGGAGUCCAAGGAAUGCCGUCCUGGGAGGGCAACAGAGGUGAUGCGGGGGAUGCAGGUCUGCCCGGUCUUUCUGGCUUACCUGGUUCCAGAGGAGAUGAUGGCUUUCCCGGUCAGCCCGGAUUUGAUGGCCUAACGGGUGACCGAGGAGUUCCUGGAAAGCCUGGUUUAUCCGGAUUAACAGGACCAAAGGGAUAUACGGGACGAAUGGGAGCACGCGGUCGUUCUGGGAGAGCAUAUAAUCACACAUUUCCUAUUAUUGGAGAUCCAGGGCCCCCAGGGUAUCCCGGAACUCCUGGAUGGCCUGGACAAAAAGGACUGCCCGGUGAACAUGGUUUAGAUGGAAUCCCGGGUUUGCCUGGAUAUCCUGGAUAUCAAGACUCUGGUAACAUAGGAGAGCGAGGAGAUACUGGAUUUGACGGGCUUCCCGGAGUGGAUGGCCACCGAGGCUUAAAAGGGUUAACCGGACUUCCAGGUCUUUCCGGAUUCAAAGGAGAAAUGGGUGAACCGGGAUAUCCAGGUCCCCCACGAUUCCCAGGAGCUAAAGGAGAAAUGGGUUUCAAUGGAUUACCGGGUCUACCAGGCCUUAAAGGAGAUUACGGAGAUUCAGGACUUCCGGGUUAUCCCGGAACCAAAGGCGAGAGAGGAGACAAUGGAUUCCCGGGAUUACCAGGGGUAGACGGGAUACCAGGAUUAGGCGGAGAUGCGGGAGAAAAAGGCGAUCCACCGAUAGUUAGACCCGAAGAUCUGGUGGCAGAUCACCGGGAUAUCCAGGACCUAUGGGUGACCCUGGACUUGACGGGCUACCAGGUAUGGACGGAAAUCCUGGAUUUCAAGGAAACCCUGGAAUGCCGGGAUUUCCAGGUCUUCCUGGUCUUAGUGGAGACGCUGGAUAUGACGGAAGAGAAGGAAUUCCUGGACCGACACAGUCAGACCACGAGAUCACCCGAAUGUCCGAAUAAAACACACGUCUUGUGGUCGGGCUAUUCGUUGCUGUAUAUUAUGGGUAACGAAAGAGCUCACGGCCAAGACUUGGGAAGUCCUGGCAGUUGUUUGCGACGGUUCAGUACAAUGCCGUAUAUGUUCUGUAAUCUCAAUAAUGUCUGUCACUUCGCUUCAAGAAAUGAUUACAGCUAUUGGUUGAGUACAUCAGAACCGAUGCCAAUGGCUAUGACUCCUAUAUAUGGCCGAGAAAUUCAGAAAUUCAUCAGUAGAUGCAGUGUUUGUGAAUCAGAGACACAAGUGAUAGCAAUCCACAGCCAGAGUAUGCAUAUCCCUGACUGUCCUAAUGGUUGGGAAGGACUUUGGAUCGGAUACAGCUUUUUCAUGAACACAGACGCCGGUGCGGAAGGCAGUGGUCAACCCCUGUCCUCUCCAGGCUCUUGUUUGGAAGACUUUAGACCCAAUCCCUUCAUUGAAUGUCAGGGUCACGGAAAGUGCAACUACUAUACGACUGCUUACAGCUUCUGGUUGGCCACCAUUGAACACAACGAUCAGUUCAGAUCUCCCGACUCCCAGACACUGAAAUCAGGAGAUUUGAUCUCAAAGGUGUCGCGCUGUCAGGUCUGCAUCAGAAAAGCGGUUCCCAUUCGACGACCGCAACCAACUAUCAACAGAUCCUUACCCGUCAAAAAGUGAUACAUUAGUUCAUAAAUCCACUGCCAUUUAAAUAAAUUAAUUUUAUUUGUUUUAAUAUGACUUUUGGACACAAAUUAUAAUUUAAAUCAAUUGCUUUCAAUGUC